ACACUAUAUGGAUUAUAUAAAAGAGCUGUUGAAAUAUGUAAAAAUGACUAUUUGGUAAUACAGUGUAGUUCAGGUGUUGGAAGAUCUGGUACACUUGCAAUGAUUAUCCAUAUGAUUGAUACAAUCGACAAGGAAAACCCUUUUGAUCCCUUCAAAAGUUUGGAUUUCAUUAGGCAACAUCGUUAUAAAGGAGUCCAAACUAUAAGUCAAUUUUUCCUGGCUUUAUGUAUUCUUUAUCAACAUUUUGAAGAUGACAUUAAAUUUGUUGAUCGAAAAUUAUAUGACCAAUUUAUGGAAUUGACACAAAUUGUCUUUGAUGGAGAAAAAUUAAGUUAUUGCUAA